GCAAUUCUACAUCAUAUACGAACGUCUUUUUUCUUUCCAAAAUGGCAACCUCUUCUAAUCCCACAAAUUGAGAGAGUUAUCUCCUGAUAACUCUCUAACAAGAAAGAUUUAUCCUUUAUUAGGCCUUCUCCUAUCCCAAACAACUCAAAUCCAACACAUCAGAGCUUAAACAUAUGUAUAUAUAUGGCUGCAAAUUACCAGAAGGAGGCAGUCUGCGUGACCGGAGCCAAUGGGUUCAUAGGAUCAUGGCUGGUGCGGACCCUGUUGGACUCCGGCUACACUUCCAUCCACGCCUCCAUUUUCCCGGGCUCCGACGGCUCCCACCUCCUUGCGACCGGGGGCCACGUGGUGGUGUACGAGGCCGACGUGUUGGAUCUCGAGGCGGUGUGCAAAGCGGUGGAGGGGUGCCAGGGAGUAUUCCACGUGGCCUCGCCUUGCACGCUGGAGGACCCCAAGGACCCCCACAAAGAGUUGGUGCUUCCUGCGGUUCAGGGCACGCUCAAUGUUCUGGAGGCUGCCAAGAGGCACGGGGUGAGGCGCGUGGUUCUCACCUCCUCCAUUUCCGCUUUGGUUCCCAACCCCAGCUGGCCUCCUCAUAAGCCCUUCGACGAGUCCUCCUGGACCGACCUCCAUUACUGCGAAUCUCGCCAGAAAUGGUAUCCGGUGUCAAAGACAUUGGCAGAGAAAGCAACGUGGGAAUUUGCAGAGAAACAUGGAAUAGAUGUAGUGGCUAUCCAUCCAGGUACAUGUCUUGGCCCGCUCUUGCAACCUGGCUUGAAUGCGAGCUGUGCCGUAUUGCUGCAGUUGCUACAGGGAUCGCAGGAUACUCAGGAAUAUCACUGGCUGGGGGCUGUGCAUGUUCGGGAUGUUGCAAAGGCACAUGUUCUGCUCUUUGAGACUCCUGCUGCCUCUGGUAGAUAUCUUUGCACCAAUGGUAUCUAUCAGUUUGGUGAUUUUGCUGAGAGGGUCUCCAGGCUUUUCCCUGAGUUUCCUGUUCACAGGUUUACUGGGGAAACUCAGCCAGGUUUGGCAGACUGCAAAGAUGCAGCAAAGAGAUUAAUCGAUCUGGGUCUGGUCUUCACACCCCUUGAAGAUGCUGUCCAGGACACAGUGGAGAGUCUCAAAGCUAAAGGCUUUCUGUGCCAGAAAAUGCCACAAUCUUAGGCUAUUUCUUUCUUUUAUUCUGCCUCGUCUAGUUUUUCAAUACAACAUGAAAUUUUCACUGUUUCAUUGCUUUAUCUAUUAGCUGGCUGUAAUAACGUUUGCAAUGAACUGUUGUCUUUGUAUAUAAUCAUGCUUUUUCUCUUUCA